AUGUCUGAAAAUGACGCAAUAACUAGUAAAAAUAUUAUUUCAAAAAGCGUAGCGAAAAGUGAUAAUAAAGUUAUUAAUACUAGCGACAUUCAUGAUACAGCACAUAUAAAUACUUCUAAACUUGAAGAACCUGGUUCACAAAGUGACAAUAAAGGUAUCGACAAGAAUCAGGUUUGUCGUGAUUACCUUCAUAAUAUUUGUAAUCGCGGAAAAAAUUGCAAAUUUUCUCAUCCACCAAAACACGAGGAUAAAAAAGAUAUUGAAAAUUAUAAUUUUUGUAUUGACUUUCAAAAUAAUGGAUGCAAGCGUGAAAAUUGUCGCUUUAUUCAUGCACCACAAUAUGAUGUUGAAGCAUACCGAGCCACUGGAGAAGUAACUAUAGAGUUAGCGCGCGCUAUUGCAGCAGUUACUAAAGAUGAUACCAUCAAUGGAAUACCUAUAUGUAAGGAAUUUCAGAUUAGAAAAUGUACGCGUGGUCCUCGUUGUCGUUUUUGGCAUGUAAAUAUAAAACACGAAAGAUUGAUGCGUGAACAAUAUUUUAAAGAUCAAAAAUAUGGAAGAGGUUUUUUUAAUUCACAGGGACAUUAUAUGGUACCUUCAAUGCGUGGCAUACGUAGACCAGCACCACCAUCUUCUUCAACAUACUCAGAUCCGAUUGAGUUUAAACGUAUGCAUUAUGAUCCCCAAAUUGGAGAGUACCAUCAUCCUAAUUACGGGUUAAUUCAAAAUUUAGAACGAAAAUUGCAUGAAGCACACGGUGAAAUAAUUAAGCUUCAUGAAGAUUUAAAAAGAGAAAGAGAUCGAUAUAAUAAUUUACUUGCCCUAUUUCACAGACAAGGAAAUACAGGGUGGCCACAAACUCCAUAUGUAUAG